AGCCUGUGUAAGGCGCAGUGUAGCCGUGGAUCUCGAAGAAGAGAGUAUAGAGAUUUGUUGUUCGAUUUUUCCAUUCCGAGUCGCGUUAUCCGUCGUAGAGUACGUAUACGACUGCUUGAAGAACGGACUUAUUUAACCAGAGUUUUAGGCUGUCCUACGCGGCUUGCGUAAUACUUUGAAGUCAUUAGUUUUGACAUUGUGAUCUUGAAAACGGACAAUUUGAUUCAUUUUUUUUUUACUUCUGUAUGUUGACUUGAGCUGUAGGGGACCGAAUCAAUAUAUUUUUUUUCUCGGCAGUGUAGCAGUUUUUGUUAAACUGAAGUUUCAGUGGAGUGAUAGAAAAUACUAAAAACCAAAAAAAUCGAGCAUAUUGAAUAAUAGACGUAUAGCCGAUACGAAAUAACGUAUUUCAUAUCUUUACACAUUGUUUAUUAAAACUAAAUUCAGCGGGUGAUGAUGUGUUAUGGACUUCGGAAUAAACUAUCAGGAUACGAGAAUAUCACAGUGAUUGAAGGACAAGUAAAGUAUGUACUAUCCUGGUUUCUAUUCUUCUGUCCAGCCGUUUGAAGAAAAUUCAGCCAACAGUGGAAGACACUUUGAAGUGCCACUUUUACGUCUUGGACGAGAGAGAGAGAUUCCACUGGACCUCUCCAACAAAUCUAUAAGUCAAACCCCAGAUGGUUUUCUAGACGCUGAACAAAUGUUUUUUCUCGAGCAGCGGAAGUUUGCUGGGUUGACUUCUUCCCAAGGGCUUUCAGCAGGAUUGCACAGACCUUUGACGGGUGUGGGUGGCUCCUCAGAAAAUUUAUUAGAUCCAACUUUUUUCCGUUUAGGUUACAGGGCGGAUGCUGAUGUACGCGGAUUGAUGGGCUCCAAUAUAUCAUCGCCAUUUUGUGUAGACCGAACCCCAGUUUCGUCCUCAGGGCAAUCUUUUGGAUCGCAUCACAUGAUGGGUAGUUUCUUCCAGCAAAGAGACCAAUGUUUAGAUCCACACGGAGCCAUUUGUACAGUGGCUCGCCCUCCCAUGCAGCAUCUCUCGCCGUUUAUUGAACCAGCUUCAAUACCUUUAUCACUUCGACCUUCCGGUAAUACCAUGUCUGAUAGAAAUCCAACUUUGGUACCGAGAGGCCUGUUUGGACAGGCCAUUCCAGGUUCUAUGGGACUUCCAAGUUUCUCGUUAUAUCCUGAACGAACUGACGAGAAAGGAGCUUUCGUGGCGCUCCGCCCGGGUGCCGAGAAAAGCGUACUGAAUGGAACCCCACUUGAAGCAACAAGUUAUGCCGAACAUCUCCAGCGACUAAGGGAACAUCACGUGCAGCAAAACAAAUGUGUAGGCGCGUGCUGUUCUCCUUCACUUGGUAGCUUAGGUCAGCCUCCCAACUCCUGUUCGUGCUGCUCGCCACCACAGACGGUUGUUUGUGGCCGUGGGCCUAUGGGAUGCUUAGGAAAAGAAACUCCGAGUGGAAAGGUGUGUAAUGGCGCCUGUGGAUAUUUCGCCCCUUCAUUCCCUUACCUUGGUCAGCACACUGCUGCUGGUGAUGUUCGCUUGAAUAUGAACGCCUAUUACCCCAAUCUUGGGGAACCAACAAGAAGAGAAGAACAUUUUGGUUCAAUGUUUUCUUGGAGUUCUGGUUUGUCAGCAGCUCCUAUCAAUAAAGUAUUGGCUCCAGCUGUCUCUCCAGCCCUCAAAAGAAAAGAUAGUACAGGAUUAGGUUUAAAAGAAAGCCCACGUGCUGCUAAGGAUUUCCCAGGCUAUUCAACUCCCACCGAGCGUAGAGAUAGCGUCGUUAAGCAACGCUCUCUCCAGAAUUCUGGACACAACAUAGAAAAGCUGAAAAGGGAAUCUAAUUGUAGUGAAGUAAUUGUUAUUGAAGAUGGUCCCACAAACAAAUGCGCAAAACAGCAUCUUUCUAAAUCAAGUUCUAAACCAUUAGAACAUAAUGCUAAAAGAAAAGACCACAACCAGAAAGAUUUUCAAAAACAUCUUAGUGCUCAUGAUACUAAACUCGGCAGUAAAAGUAUGGAUCACUCGGAAAACAAUGUGAAGAUGCCGCGGCUUGAAGCAGCCAUUAAAAGUAAAAAUAGCUCCGAGAACUCUCAAUUACAUGAAACAAAAUUUUCUGGUCCACCACCACUUACGGCGGCUGGAGUUACUGUCAGCCCUACUCAAGCUAGUGUAACAUCCUCUAUAAAUCCCCCUCUUUGGAACCCUCACAUAACAACAAGUAUAACUUCUGCCCUCACAAGUACACAAACGUCUGUUAUAGCACCUAGUUGUCACCAGCCAUUUGAAAGUCCCUUCACGAAGAAGGAGGAAAGAACAGAUGUGAAUGAUUGUAAGCCAGCGAUAAAUCUUUCGAACAACCAUCACUUUAAUCAAAAUGUUGCAACAUCGCUUCCAUACAGUAUCAACAGUUUGACUCACGACAUUAAACCUUCCGCCUUGAAUUCUGAACAUGCCAAAGAACCCGGAUGUUUACGGACAACUCCAUCUUCAAAACAGCAUAUUGAUACACGUCUUCACCAACAGGUGACGAAGCUUGAUAUGAAAUAUCCAGAAAAAGGUUCGUGUUUUCUUUCUGCCAAAGAAGACCAUGGAAAAUCUCAUUUUCAACCCUCGAAGACACCACUCUCUUAUGAUCCUUAUUCUUUCACUCAAGAAAAAUCAGAAUACACUUUCGACGAUUCCGAGGGUGUUAAUUCACCAACAGAUGGUGGUGGACUAAAGGCAAGUCGCAAAAGGUUUAUGGUAGACUGUCUGGUUAACUCUGAUGGGUACGUCUCCCUGAAAAAGAAGAAAAAAUCCAGCUCCUCAGACCUCUUCACAGACCCGUCAAAACGGGGAAACGAAGAAAUGACACUUCAGGUAGAAACAGCAUAUUCAGUGAUUUUAGAAUUACUUGGUUGCCUUAAACUUAAGACAACAGCCGCCAUAUUACUACAUUGUGGUGGUCCCGAUGUUUGUGACAUGUUUAAGUUACUGCCUAACACUAGUGAAGCUGAAGAUUAUGGCACAUCAGUCAAAGGAUUAGUAGAGCAUAGAGGUGAACGUAGAAUAUCAAAUCAACGUGUUUUGACAAUGUAG